AUGAAGAGCCGUCAACUGCCGUCAGACGAAUCCUCCGUGCGCCUGAAGGCACGGGGUCGCGUCAGUGAACAAACCUGUAAGCAGGACCGGGCACGAACCCGGUCAGGCUCGAUUCGCUUCUAUGCCCUUGUUUUCCGCUGUCUACAAAACUUAGCCGCCGCCAAGUACGACAAGGCGGUGGAGGAAACUUCCCAUAUCCAGGACGUGCUUGAUUCGAUACCGGAUAUCUAUGGGCUGACUCCCGACUCUGUCCGGACCCUUCGCGAGAUCGCAGUUAUGGCCGUUCGCAUUAAGCUCGGGCACCAAUCUGCCGCCGCUUGUGCUAGAAGCUCGGAGGGUAGAAGCGAAGCUGCUGCAUACAGCGUAAUGGCACUUCUGGACACGGGUGCUACUGGAACACUCGAAUUUAUGAAGGACUUGCUAAGCUCUUAUAUCCGAGCUCCUUUGUUAGGAAGCUGUUUCAACUGUAAUACUGAGAACUUGCAGCCUGCGGAGCCUUUGCAGAUCAAAUGUCUGAAAUGUGGGAAGGGCGGGGCGACGCCGUUAUGGAGAAGAUCGGGGUAUAGGAUCUCGAAAUAUAAGCCUACAAGUUGA